AUGAUCAUCUCAACUCCUCGAUUCUCGACAACUCCCUCCCCCCCCGCGCCGUGACCCGAUGUGGGUGGCUACUGUGAAUCCGGUGGGUCCAUUUCCGGCGAUAAUAAACGCUCGCCGAAACCCGAAACUUCUCCUUUCUCUUUCCGCACCUAUAUCUUGUCGUUUCGACGAUCGUUUUCGGGUUGGGAAGUUAAAGGUUCCGGCAGCAAAAAAGCAGCUCAGAGACUUGGAAACUCGGGAACCAGAUAUUCCAGAGAGUGAAAAGCUCUCAGCAAGUGAAAAGAACGGUGAAGGUUCUGAUUUUGGAUGGCUACCUGCUUUUCCUCACGUGUUGAUCGCUUCCAUGUCCAAUUUCCUAUUUGGUUAUCACAUAGGAGUAAUGAAUGGUCCUAUUGUUUCUAUCGCACGAGAGCUUGGUUUUGAGGGAAACUCAAUCCUUGAGGGCCUUGUUGUUAGUAUAUUUAUUGCUGGUGCCUUUGUUGGAAGCAUAAGCUCUGGUUCGUUGGUUGAUAAACUUGGUUGUCGACGCACUUUUCAAAUUGACACAAUACCCUUGAUUCUUGGUGCAAUAUUAAGUGCACAAGCCCACUCUGUGGAUGAAAUACUUUGGGGAAGAUUUCUUGUUGGGCUUGGUAUAGGCGUGAACACAGUUCUUGUUCCAAUUUAUAUAUCUGAGGUUGCUCCAACAAAAUAUAGAGGUUCACUAGGAACCUUGUGUCAAAUUGGAACCUGCCUUGGGAUUAUUUCGUCACUGUUUCUGGCAAUUCCCUCUGACAAUGAUCCACAUUGGUGGAGGAUGAUGCUCUACAUUGCAAGUGUCCCUGGAUUUAUUCUUACACUUGGCAUGCAGUUUGCCGUAGACAGCCCCCGCUGGCUUUGUAAAGCUGGGAAAUUGGAUGAUGCUAAAUCAGUUGUAUGUGACCUUUGGGGGGCAUCUGAAGUUGAGAAAGCAGUUAAAGAAUUUCAGUCAGUCAGCAAAAAUGAUGGAUGUGACUUGAACAGCAGAUGGUUUGAACUCCUGGAAGAGCCACACUCUAGAGUUGCAUUUAUUGGAGGUGCUCUAUUUGUACUUCAGCAGUUUGCAGGCAUAAAUGGGGUUCUUUAUUUUUCAUCAUUGACCUUUCAAGAUGUUGGAGUUACAAAUGGUGCUUUAGCAAGCUUGGUUGUUGGACUAACCAAUCUUGCAGGUGCACUCACUGCUUUAUACUUGAUCGAUAAGCAAGGAAGACGGAAGCUCUUGAUUGGAAGCUACUUAGGAAUGGCAGUUUCUAUGUUUCUUGUAGUCUACGCAAUCAGUUUUCCAUUAGAUGAAUCACUCAGUCACAACUUAUCAAUACUAGGAACUGUACUGUACAUAUUUACCUUCGCAAUUGGAGCUGGCCCAGUGACUGGUCUCAUUAUACCGGAGCUAAGCAGCACUAGGAUGCGUGGGAAGAUAAUGGGAUUCAGUUUUACAUCUCAUUGGGUUUGCAAUUUCUUGGUGGGUCUUUUCUUCCUCGACCUGGUGGAGAAAUUUGGUGUUGCUCCAGUUUAUGCUAGCUUUGGUGGAUUUUCCUUGUUAGCAGCAAUAUUUGCCAAAUAUUUCAUAGUCGAAACUAGAGGGCGUUCUCUUGAGGAAAUUGAAAUGUCGUUGAACCCCAAUUUCCAGGCUAGAGACAAGUGAACGACCCAGACCCAAGAGAACUGCAAAGCUAAACCUGUCAUGCAGUUAACUGCAGUGCUGGUUUUGCUUGGAAGAUCCCUCGUAUUCUGUGACGAGAAUUUUCAGAUAGUGACCUUGGAUGUUUUCUUCCUGACUGUAUGUAAGCAAUUUUUUUAUUUAUUUAUUUUCCCAUCAUCAUUCACAUAUUUGAAUAUCUAGUAAACAGAAAAUUUUGCAUCCCA